AUCUCAGAGACGUAGAAUCUGGGAUGGUUGUUUUUAUUUUUGUUAUUUUUUUUUCUAAAGAAAACUGAUUUCAUUUUCCAAACCAGCGAUGCCAACUCCAACAAAACAUACAGUGUCUCUGGACCUAUGAAUAAGCGUUUCACUAGUGAAUGAUGAUUUUGAUCUGGUUGGAACUGGCCGUCCUGCUUUUAAUCCUUCUGUUUCCAAUCAUCUCUGUCCCUCAAUUUCUCUUUCAUAUAGGUCGGCGAGGAUUCCUCACCUAUUAUAGAUUCCUGACUCAUGUCUUGUUUGAGGUUGUAGUAGGUCUUGCUAUCAAGUUAUUUGUGAAAAAAAUGGUCGUAAACUAAAAUUUUGUGAGGCACCCCUGUUGAAUGAAGAAGUAUUAUGUGCCUGAAAUCAGACUUAUGGAAUGUUACAGUGCAGAUUAUGUAAGGAAAGCUUAAUACCUUCAGCUGCUAAUGAAAUCUUUUGGUUUGCUUAAUUUGAUACGAGCAUGUCUGUUUUUACUUGGGAAUUUGCUUUCCGUACUUUGGCUCCUUUUUAUUUUUUGGGGACAAAAAUGAAACUUUUGAUUUCGUGGUCACCGAGCCAUAAUGCUUCCUUGUAACAAAUGUAUCUUGUAGUCUGGGUUUACUUGGAUAGAUAACAAGAAGGAAGCUGGAAGGAGGUAAAGCAACUUGUAAAUGUGCAGAGGUUACACAUAGUAGCCCAUUGGGAAAUCCAGAGAAUUUUUAUUCAUUGUUUGUCAUAAUGAAGGGGCUCUAAUUUGGAACUGAUUCCUUGACCUCUUGAUACAAAUUCUAUGAUGUCUGGGCUUCUAAAUUCAACGCUUAAUGGUUCAACAUCAAAUCUUGACUCCUCAGGCAGACCCUAUGCUACAUCAUUUUCUGGCCAGGCUGCUACAACGCCUGGAUUUCAUCCUUCUGGUGCUCUGCAGGGAUUGCAUAACAUUCAUGGAAGCUACAAUCUACCAAACAUGCCUGGUUCACUUGCAUCAAGAAAUGCAGCUAUGGGUGGUGUCCCUUCAGGAGGUGUUCAACAACCAGGGGGAAACAUUCCUAGUGGGCGGUUUGCAUCAAACAAUAUUUUGGUUGCAUUGACUCAGAUGACUCAUGGCUCUGGUGUUACAAAUAGAGGGGGUAUUAAUGUUGGAAACCAUUCUUUUGGUAAUAGUAAUAUGAAUGGAGUUGGGUCUAUUUCUGGCAUUUCUCCAAAUUCGGCUACUGUCAACCGUAGUUCUGUUCCAGGUUUGGGUGUAUCUCCCGUUUUGGGUAAUGUUGGCCCAAGACUUGCAAGUUCUAUGGGGAACAUCAUUGGUGGUGGUAACAUGGGAAGAAACAUUAGCUCUGGAGGACUAUCAGUACCUGGUUUAGCCUCGCGUGUAAACUUAUCUACGAAUAGCGGAUCAGGAAGUCUCAAUGUACAAGGACCCAACAGACUAAUCAGUGGCAUGCUCCAACAGGCUAAUCCACAAAUGAUUAGCAUGCUUGGCAACUCAUAUCCUACAUCUGGAGGAUCACUAUCUCAGAAUCAAGGUGGGAACAAUCCAUUAAGCUCUAUGGGAAUGUUGAAUGAUGUUAAUGCUGCUGAUAGUUCUCCUUUUGAUAUGAAUGAUUUCCCUCAAUUAUCUGCAAGGCCAAGCUCAGCUGGAAGUCAACAAGGGCAACUGGGUGCAACACGUAAGCAAGGAGUUGGUGUCAACUCCAUUGUCCAGCAAAAUCAAGAAUUUAGCAUACAAAAUGAAGAUUUCCCAGCUUUACCAGGAUAUAAAGGUGGUAGCUCAGAUUUUUCUGUGGAUUUGCAUCAGAAGGAACAACUUCAUGAAAGUAUUUCUAGCUUGCAGUCACAACAUUUACCUAUGACAAGAUCUACUGGAUUUAGCAUAGGAGGGAGUUUCCAACCAAACCGUCAACAACAGCAGUUGCAUUCUACGGCAGCCAGUGGUGGUGGGCUUCCUUUUAUGCCCGGAAACAAUCAAGAUCUACGAUUACAUGGCUCUGAUUUCUUUCCUUCUUCUCAUGUGAAUUAUCAUUCACAGAUACAAAACAGUGGAGCCCCUAGUAUUGGAAUCAGACAAUUGAACUCUCCUACACCCGGUUCUGGUAUGAGUGCAUAUGAGCAGCUGAUGCAGCAAUAUCAACAACUGCAAGGCCAAUCUCAAUUUCGACUACAGCAAAUGCCUGAUGUUAGUCAAUCCUAUAGAGAUCAGAAUGUAAAGUCAUCUCAGGGAUCACAAAUACCUCCUGAUCCAUUUGGUUUACUAGGCUUGUUGAGUGUUAUUAGGACGAACGAUCCCGACCUAUCAUCUCUUGCAUUGGGAAUUGAUUUGACUACACUAGGACUGAACUUGAACUCUACUGAGAAUAUUCAUAAAACAUUUGGUUCUCCAUGGUCUGAUGAACCUGCAAAGGGGGAGCCAGAGUAUUGCAUUCCCACGUGUUAUUAUUCCAAACCUUCUCCACCCCUUCAUCAAGUAUAUUUCUCGAAAUUUCAGAUAUCAACCCUGUUUUACAUUUUCUAUAGUAUGCCUAAAGAUGAAGCUCAACUUUAUGCGGCUUAUGAACUGUAUUCCCGAGGAUGGUUCUACCACAAAGAUCCACAGUUUUGGUUUACAAGAGUUCCAAACUCAGAGCCUCUUGUGAAGACACAUGCAUAUGAAAGAGGAUCAUACCUAUGUUUUGAUCCCAACACAUGGAGCACAAUUUUGAAGGAUCACUUUGUUUUGCAAUACGAAGCCGUGGAAAAGAAACCAAUACUCCCUUCCGAUCGUCUUUAGGUUUGACCAAAAAAGUCCUUGUAAAACAGACUCGCAUUUAUUUCACUGUAGCGUAGCAUUAAACUCACUUUUCUUAAGGGGGAAAGUUCCUCUACAAGUGACAGAGCUUUGGACCCAUUAAUACGAGUCGUCUACAUUUCCAAACGGACUAGAGCUUCUCUCUCUUGGAUAUUGUUGAAUUGGCUAUAACAAUUUUCAGAGGAUAUAGCAUGGUCAGUUCCCCCAGUAUCCUAAUUUACCUUAUUUUGCAGCUAAGAUUUGUAUGACAAUUCAUUAUCUUGUACUAUAAUUUCAAUGUCAGAAUUGGCUUUGCAUUGAUAUGUCAUGUAACCAUCUUUCAAUUUGUUAGUAGAAAAUAGAGAAUAUCUUUUCUGGUCA